GCCGAAGCCGGAAGCGGCUGCAGUCGGAGGAACCCGGUGAGCGAUCUGGUGCUGGCCGGCCAGGGGAUGGCUCGGGCUGCGGUGCUGGAGCGGCGCAGCGGGUGGCGGUCGCUGUGGCAGCGGACGUUGCUGCUGCUGCAGCUGCUGCGGUGGGGGUACGCCCUCGGCUCGCUCCCUUUCGGCAGCAGUCGCCACCCGGGCUUUGCGGAUCUCCUAUCGGAGCAGCAGCUGCUGGAGGUGCAGGACUUGACCCUGUCUCUGCUGCAGGGUGGCGGUCUGGGGCCGCUGUCGCUGCUGCCCCCCGACCUGCCGGAUCUGGAGCCCGAGUGCCGGGAGCUGCUGAUGGACUUCGCCAAUAGCAGCGCCGAGCUGACCGGGUGUCUGGUGCGCAGCGCUCGGCCCGUGCGCCUCUGCCAGACCUGCUACCCGCUCUUCCAACAGGUCGCCAGCAAGAUGGACAACAUCAACCGAAACAUCGCGAACUCCUCAGAGAGCCCGAACUGUGCCAGAAGUCUCCUGAUGGCAGACAGAAUGCAAAUAGUCCUGACGGUCUCUGAAUUUUUCAGUACCACGUGGCAGGAGGCGAACUGUGCAAAUUGCUUAACGAACGGCAGUGAAGCUUUGUCAAAUAACACCGAGUAUUUCCUCAGUCUGUUUAACAAGACUCUGACGUGCUUUGAGCACAACCUGCAGGGGCGCACAUACAAUCUUCUCUCACCAAAAAAUUACUCCGAAGUGUGUAAAAACUGCAAUGAUGCAUACAAAAAUCUGAGCACCCUUUAUAAUGAGCUGCAGAAAAUGAACGGGCUUGAGAACAAGGCUGAACCGGGCACGCACCUGUGCAUUGAUGUGGAAGAUGCAAUGAACAUCACCCGAAAGCUCUGGAGUCGAACCUUCAACUGUUCGGUCACCUGCAGUGACACGGUGUCCGUAGUCGCUGUUUCUGUGUUCAUCCUCUUUCUGCCCGUUGUCUUCUACCUUAGUAGCUUCCUUCACUCGGAACAAAAGAAACGCAAACUCAUUCUACCCAAGCGUCUCAAGUCAAGCACCAGUUUUGCCAACAUUCAAGAAAAUUCCACCUGAAACCUGCAAAGCGUGGACUCGACCUCACAUGGCGUGAGUGGGUGGUUGGACCACCGUGUGGUCAGGAGACGAUGAACCAGGAUCUGACACAUCACCUUCUUAUGAAAUGCCAGCGCCGCGUAUUUAUAAUGUAUUCUGAACGACAGUUUUCACAUUUCCUUUCCCUGCCCACCCAUUUGUAAAGAUUUCUGUAUUUUUAAUUUUCGGAUACAGUAGUGUUACAUAUUCUAAGGUGUAUGUGUUAGAGUAGCAGCGAGGACUUUGUUUUUGCGGGCGUAUGACUACUUGGCACUCCUGAUAUCUCCUCAUUGACACUUCGAAGUCCACAGAACCCAGGCCGCUGGAGACUGCCGUACACACAUUAGCCACUAUUGCCGACCCAGAUGGCAGCCGGCCCAAGGAGUAAUGUAAAUGACUUCCUAUUGCAGUAUUAUUGUGUAUGUGUAUAUAUAAGUAUUUAAUAUAUUAUACAUUGAAAUAAUGCACUCUCUAGUUUCCCUGAAGUCAUAUUUGAAACCACUAAUUGUAAACCUCCUUAACAAUUUUCAGACGUGAUGAGCCACAUCGUACAUUCGUCUUUGUUAAAAGAUGUAUGGUAACUGGUUUUCUUACUUGACUUUUAUAAAUAGUAUUUUACACCUUAUUUUUGCCUUUAUUUCAUAAGUAAUUUAAAAUCACUGGACUUCUCUAUUAGCUUCAGGACAGGAUGGUUUAUUUUAUGCCAUGGAUUUACAUUGUGAAUUUCAUUAAAUUAUUUGGCGACUUGUAACUUAUUCUUUAAAUGAAAUAUAGUACAAGUGUGUCACACUGUAUAAUUGUGCUUUUUAAUGAAAUAUAGUACAAGUGUGUCACACUGUAUGAUUGUGCUUUUUAAUGAAAAUUUCAUCUUGGAAUAUUUGGAGAGUUGGAGAGAGGUGAAGGAGGAAUACCGGAGCCUAAAGUUGAGGGAGUGGACAGGGAGGAGGGGGGUGCUCACUGAGAAUCUAAAGUUGAGGGAGUGGACAGGGAGGAGGGGUGCUCACUGAGAAUCUAAAGUUGAGGGAGUGGACAGGGAGGAGGGGUGCUCACUGAGAAUCUAAAGUUGAGGGAGUGGACAGGGAGGAGGGGUGCUCACUGAGAUUCUAAAGUUCAGGGAGCACACAGGGAGGAGGGGUGCUCACUGAGAAUCUAAAGUUGAGGGAGCACACAGGGAGGAGGGGUGCUCACUGAGCAGGCACUGCAUAGUUUAUAGGGGAGGUAGCUGGGUAACAGUCUCACACCGGAAGCUCUUCAGCCAAGGUGAUGUCCCCUCCGAUUACGUAUAGGAUGAAAGCGAUAUGACAGAAAUGAAAUCACAUGUUUCCCUGUCAGGAAACAAGGUCUACUUUGGAAUGUUUCCAUCAACCUUUCAAACAAUGUUUUGUUUCAGUAUCCUUCAGUUUUAUUUCUUGGGGUAUAAGAGUUGAUGAUCUUGCUUGUUAAUUCUGUUUCUGAGUGGGGACAGGUUGUAAAUUUGGAGGCUUCCCUGGCUGACUGCUGAGUCUGAAGGCCCUUCCAGACUGUGAUGCACUCUAGGAGGAGAAGGGAGUGUUUCGUGGUUUCUGUUUAACCGCACGUGCCGCGUGUGAGAGCAGGCUCAUCCUCAGAUGUGACAGUCAGAUGAUGCUGGCUCAGCUUUGCUCACCAGCUGGGACCUGCUCCAGUGUGCUGUCACUGUCCCUGCUGCAGUUCCUAAGGACGCUGUCUGGAUUGGAAGCCCGUGGCUGAGGGCCAUUGAAGGCAAUCUUCAUUAAUGCAGACGAAACCAGUUUACAUGUUAGCAAGGUGACACAUUUGAAGGGUGAGUGGUGGGUCCUUGAGCCCCUUUCAGUCCUGUGUGCAAACCAUUGCUUUUGGAUAAAAAGCUAAUGAGCACUUCAGCAAGGUCUUCGCUCCCUAUGAGUUGCAUCAGAAAUAGAUUUGAAAAACAUAUGCUAAGUGUUCUGCUGAAGUGCCUAAGAAUUUCAUCUUAUGGUCGUGAAAAAUGUACACACAGGGCUAUGUAUGUGACGAGAAACCUUUUUCCUUAUGCUUUACAAUAAAGGAAAUGCCA